AUGCGUGUAAUAGCUACUCUGAUGAUGGUUUCCAACAUCAUCGUUGCAGGGAUCAUCUUGCUGCUUUCCAAUAACGAAGUAGAUGCAAGCCUUGUUGUCAUUGACGACAACGACACUGCUAAUAGACAUCAGCUUGAUGACGCGCUGAUAAGAGGCGAUUCCAUCACAGCUACAGAUCCACUCAUCGCGAAUCAAGGUGAAUCCGAGAGCAACGGCGUGAAGCAACAAACACAAGAAACUCGUGAUGCAUCCAGUGCAAUACAUCAGGACCAUCCUGAGCAGCACGAGAAAGAAUCACAGGUGGUUCCAAAUGAGCAACAUCAAGGUGACCCUCACUUUGAAGCUAGUUCUGAAGAUGAGGAUGGCGAUGUUGUAAUGAAAGCGACACAAGAAUCAGAAGGCGAUUCAUGUCAGGAUUCACAGUCUUUGUGUGGAUCGCUUGAUGCCAUAGUUACUGAUACCGAAUCUGACACAGAUGAAACUUGCUUUAGCAAGGAAUCUUCGAAUGGGAAUACGGUUGUUAUUGUGGAAUGUGAACAAAAGCGACUUGGAGUACGCGAAUGCGACCCGCCACAAGAGGCUGAUUAUGAUGAUGAGGAAGGAGGCAGUAUGGGUAUGUCCUUUUCGGAUGUCAUGGCUUUUAUUUUCAUUUUCAUUUCGAUGGUAUUUUUAAACACUCUGUUGGUCAAGGGUAUGCUUUGUUGCAUGGAAUAUAUCGACAACCGCUGGAUUUCUGAAGAGGAGACAGCAACAACAACAACAACGACGACGAUUUCUGAAGAGGAGACAAUAACAACAAAGUCAUAG